UUUAGUCAAGUAAAGUGAAAUCAACUCAUUCCUCAUUCUGCUGGGGAACCUCUUCAAGCCCCCCCCCUCAGGACUCCUGGACCCCACUCUGGAAACCAGCGUAUUACAAACCGAUCCGGGUCGUGUAGAAGUUUUUUUUCUUGGCCUGACCAAGUUGAAAUAACGGAAAAGAAAGGCACAUGCGCAUUGGUUUGAGCUCCAUCGGAGGCGCCAUUGCUACGCAGGGACUGUAGUUCAAGUUUUCCUCGACACGCGGAAAGUCAGUUAUGUUGAGAUAGUAAAAAGACUCCAAGUCCCAGCGACUGUCGCUGCUCUUUUUCUCGUGAAGUGGGGGGAGUAGUCACAGCUGGAAGGAUAAUAAGAUGCGCAUGAAUUUACAAUCUGGAAUAUAAGAUAAGAGAAAAUAAAUGGACGGCUCGGUUAGUCUCAGAGCGCCUGAAUGUAAAACUUAUGUUGGUAUUUGUUACACCUAGACUACGACGCUGCGCUUUUGUGUGUGGCUUCCAAAAAGUGCAGGAUAAUAAACUUCAGACUGCGCUUUCCUCAUUUGAUGGAGUUACAAAGUUUCUUCAGUCCACUCACAAUGGAAAGAAAAGCGCCCUUCGCUGACUGUGAAGGCUUCCUGUGGUCAGAGUGGAUUACUGACCUCAGUAAGGAGAUGGGGCACCACUCCAGGAUAUGAAGUUUGUUGCAGUGAUUUUACUGCAGAAGUCUGCAGAUUGUUCAGAGACUUUUUCUCCAUCACCUGCCCAUCUAGUGAAUGAGUGUGUGUUGUGGGAGCUCAGGUGGGCGGAUCGGCUAUUACCCUCUUAAUUUAUGAAAAGUAAUGUCACUGUGAUAAAAACAUACAGUGCUGACUCACUACGACUGAUGAGGACCAAAGAUUCCCCCUACCAAGAGUGUAUCCACACUGCCAGCCUUCACUAAAACCUCCACUAUUCAGCAUUUCACGUUGCCAUUGGAAGAAACCCAAUGUCUGCCUCCUCUCCCCCAUCCUUACCUCGAGCCUUCCUCCACUCUCUCCAUCCGCACCACCCGUCCUUGCCGUCCAUCCCGUCCCCGUCGCCGAGCCCACCCGGACCGCUCUACAUGCGGCUGUCCAACGGCAGUCACAGCGUCCCCAGCCCCACCAACUCCCGCAGCUCUUUCCAUGGGGUGUCCUUCCUGCUGCAGAUAGGACUGACCAGAGAGACGGUGAACCUGGAGGCCAGUGACCUGUCGCUGUCCUCUGUCAAGGACCUGGUGUGCUCCAUAGUGGACCAGAAGUUCCCAGAGUGCGGCUUCUUUGGGAUGUACGACAAGAUCCUGCUGUUCCGCCAUGACUUAAAUGACGAGAACAUCCUGCAGAGGCUGACCUCGGCAGAAGACAUCCACGAAGGAGAUCUCAUUGAGGUGGUGCUGUCUGCUCAAGCCACAGUUGAAGACUUCCAGAUCCGACCCCAUGCCCUUUAUGUCCACUCCUACAAGGCCCCCACCUUCUGCGACUACUGUGGGGAGAUGCUAUGGGGUCUCGUCCGGCAAGGGCUCAAAUGUGAAGGAUGUGGGCUAAACUACCACAAGCGCUGCGCCUUUAAGAUCCCAAAUAACUGUACUGGUGUCAGGAAGAGGCGAUUGUCCAAUGUCUCACUGCCUGGACCCUCCCUCUCUGUCCCCCGACCAGCACCUGCCGAAAAUGCCGUGGUUGUCCUGGAUGAGCAGAGGUCCCAUCAGGAGGCAGGGAAGCGGAUCCUGUCCUGGAGCGGCAGGCCUAUCUGGAUGGAGAAGAUGGUGCUGGGACGGGUUAAGGUGCCACACACCUUUGCCAUUCACACCUACACUCGUCCUACUAUCUGCCAGUACUGCAAGCGUCUGCUCAAGGGUCUCUUUCGCCAGGGCAUGCAGUGUAAAGAUUGCAGAUUCAACUGCCAUAAGCGAUGUGCUUCAAAGGUACCUAGAGACUGUUUGGGGGAGGUGGAUUUCAAUGGAGAACCAGCCAGCCCUGGCCCAGACUCUGACACUACCAUGGAUACUAUGGAGGUGGACAGUGGCGAUAUGGAUGGCGGCAGAGGACUGGACGACCCAGAAGAACCCUCCACCCCAGAUGAGAGGAUGUUCGACAUGGAUUCUCCCUUCUUGGAUAGAGAGAAGGAUGAGGAGCCCAUCAAGACUAUUAGCCCUUCUACUAGCAGCAACAUCCCUCUGAUGCGGGUGGUCCAGUCCAUCAAACACACCAAGAGGCGAAGCUCCACUGUGGUGAAGGAGGGCUGGAUGGUUCAUUAUACGAGCAGGGACAACCUGCGGAAGAGACAUUACUGGAGGUUGGACAGCAAGAGUCUGAGUCUCUUCCAGAACGACACCGGGGCCAAGUUCUACAAAGAAAUCCCUCUGUCCGAGAUCCUCCAGGUGGAGCAGUCCAGAGACUACAGUAAUCUGGCCCAGGGCAGCAAUCCACACUGCUUUGAGAUCAUCACAGCCACCAUGGUCUACUAUGUAGGGGAGAACAACUGCAGUCACUACCACAGCCCCGCUUUGGCAGCCUCAGGAGUCGGCAUGGAGGUGGCUCAGGGCUGGGAGAAGGCCAUCAGACAGGCCCUGAUGCCCGUCACCCCUCAGCCCAGUGUGGCUAGCGCUGCUGGCCAGGGCAAAGAUCAUAAAGAGCUGUCCAUCAGCAUAUCUGUGUCCAACUGCCAGAUCCAGGAGAACGUGGAUAUUGCCUCAGUGUACCAAAUUUUCUCUGAUGAGGUGCUGGGAUCAGGCCAGUUUGGCAUCGUGUAUGGAGGCAAACACAGAAAGAGUGGCAGAGAUGUGGCCAUCAAGGUUAUUGACAAGAUGAGAUUUCCUACCAAGCAGGAGAGCCAGCUAAGGAAUGAGGUGGCCAUAUUACAGAAUCUGCAUCACCCAGGUAUCGUCAACUUGGAGUGUAUGUUUGAGACACCAGAGCGGGUGUUUGUUGUUAUGGAGAAGCUGCAUGGCGACAUGCUGGAGAUGAUUCUGUCCAGCGAGAAGAGCAAACUGCCUGAACGAAUCACCAAGUUCCUAGUCACACAGAUCCUGGUGGCCUUGAGACAUCUGCACUUCAAAAAUAUUGUUCACUGUGACUUGAAGCCCGAGAAUGUACUACUGGCCUCUGCAGAGCCCUUUCCUCAGGUAAAGCUGUGUGACUUUGGUUUUGCCCGUAUCAUUGGCGAGAAGUCGUUCCGGCGGUCUGUAGUGGGCACUCCGGCUUAUCUGGCUCCAGAGGUGCUGCGCAGUAAAGGCUACAACCGCUCUUUAGACAUGUGGUCAGUGGGAGUCAUCGUGUACGUCAGCUUGAGCGGGACAUUCCCUUUUAAUGAGGACGAGGACAUUAAUGACCAGAUCCAGAAUGCUGCCUUCAUGUACCCACCUACGCCCUGGAAGGACAUCUCUACAGAGGCCACAGAUCUGAUCAACAAUCUUCUCCAAGUCAAGAUGAGGAAGAGGUACAGCGUGGACAAGUGUCUUAGCCAUCCCUGGUUACAGGACUAUCAGACAUGGCUGGACCUCAGGGAGUUUGAGACGCGGCGAGGUGAGCGCUACAUCACCCACGAGAGCGACGACGCACGCUGGGAGGAGUACGCAGACGAGCACAGUCUUGUUUACCCCAAACACUUCAUCAUGGCUCCCAACCUGGACGACAUGGAAGAGGGCCCCUAGUGGCACAGGGGACUUACUACACCGCAUGUAUUAAGGACAAGGAUUGUCACAGAAACUUUUUUCAUGAAGCUUUGGGAGUGGCAGAUUUUCCCUCCAGCACUAUUUGUUGUGGAAACAGAGGGAAGCCCAUCAGGUGGAGAAUGACUCUCCGGAGGCUUUAAAAGUGGGGGAAAACCCGACAGAAUUUGUAGCAUGAAGCACUGCUACAAGCAGCGUGCAGGUGGAGAUGCGUGCCACAGAAACGCAUUAAGAAACUGUCAGGAGAGAAGAGAGUUCGUCUUCUUUUUGCACGAUAUCAAAACAUUCCAUGGAUUUGCUCAAGUUUGGUUCAUUUUUAAGAACAGUCACAAACCAAAAUAUGCAAAGUGAACGAACGUAAUAGUUUAGUUAUUGUACACACAGUUUUGGAUAGCUUUGAGUAAUAAUAUGACUCUGUUCUUUAUGUGAAAGAGAGAUCAGAGAGAGAGCUUACGCCAGGAGUAAAGGGCACUUUUCACAAGGGAUUUACAGUGUGAGAAUUUAAAACACGAGUUUUGUUCUCAUAUCCGAACUGUUUGUGAGACUGUCCUUUGGCAUGAAACUGGAACUAUCACAUAUAUUUGUAUGUCUUUUAAUGUAUUUCAUAAUUGUGGUAGAUUUUUGUACUAUAUUACCAUUGAACAUAGCAAUUGAAUAGAAGCACUAUUCGCUGCUACAGAGUGUGUCCAGUCUAGGUGCAAAGUUUUAACCAGUGAUAAUCAGCAGUAAGUUUAUGCAACUCACACAGUAUUUACUGCUUCGUCAACAUUGAUUGUAACAAACCUCAACAGUAUGAGUAUACAAUGGCGUAUUAGGGCCAUUGUAGUAAAAAAAAAAAAAGUACAAAGCCGGGGGAGGGUGGUAAUAUUCCGAGAGUUUAAAGCCAGAAAUUUACAAGAAGAAAACUCGGAUAUUCUCUGAGAUUAUUAAGUCACAAAUUUACGAGAAAAAAACUUGAAAAUAGUGUUUUCCUAGUUUUUUUCAGUCAUUAAUAAUACAAGACAAGAGUCAGUGCAGACAUAAGAGAAGCGAUGGAGCUUUCAGACAGUUAUGAGGGACUGCAACAAAGCCACUUGAAGGCAUGUGUCACAUCUUAGUCAUUUAUAAAUGUCUGCAGUUCUUCCCCAAUUUUUUAUGCUUUUUGUUUUUGAAUAGAAAGAAGUAUCUCAUAAUACUGGUUGGUGAAAGUAGUUUAGAUAUGACUGCUGUUGUUAUUAACAUCUGCAUAGUGCAGAGCCUUUAAUAAUAACACAAGCACAUCUGAAAAAGUUUUUUUCUCGGAAAUGUAUGGCUUUAAUCUCGGAAAUUCUGAGUUUUUUCUCGGAAUAUUACUCCCUUCCCCCUGCUCUGAAUGUUUUUUUUUCCUCCAAUGGCCCUAAUACUCUGUCGUAUGAGUACGAUCUGUUAGUGGCAGCUAAUAUUGUGCAAGUUUUAUCAACUUUCCUCCUGAAGAAAGUGACCAACAGACCCUGACCAAACAUGUUAACAAAAACUAUUUCAGUGUUUCCAAACCUUUCCAAAAUUAACAUUGUGAAUGUGUUCAGCGCUACAAGACCAUAACCCUGAACUGUCAGUAAAUGCAAUAAUGGAGCCAUUUUUUUCUGUUCAACAUGAGGCUAAAACAGCAUGGACUCUAUGUUAGCAUCAUGUUUCUGUGUAUCUUUUUCUGUACUUUCAUGUUUUUGAUGCUCUUUAGGUAUCUGAAGGUAUCUGAAUUGCCAGAGGCGGCCAACCUAGGUUUUACAUAGAACAAAAUACUGAUGUCAGUUUAUUUGUUUAUUAUGUUUGGACCAUUUCAACAGCCCUUUUGUCUAGACAGUGGACAGAAUAGAAACUAGGUAUAAUUACAAUUUGGUUCACAUGGGAGUUUAUAGUGCUACAGUUUUGUAGUUUACUCUAUUGGUGUGUUUUGGGAGUACGUUCCUGUUUCCUGUUAUCCCUUUCCUGUCUUUGUUGCCGCUGGAUUGGCAGGUGUCAGUGUUUUGUAUAUUUCAGUACAUACCAAUGGAAUAAAAAACCCAACUUCUUAA